AUGGAAACUAUAGACCGCAGCUCAUUAGCUAACGCGACAGAACAAGGCAACUACACCAGAACCAAUAGGAGCAGCUUGCUUGAUCGAUUAUCUUCCCCUAUCGCAUCUGCCUCGUCAACCAAGAGUCUACCUAGCGAACUUAUCGGUUAG